AUGGCGGCCCCCGACCGGUUGGUAAAGAAGCGGCCCGGUCUCGUCCCGGCCGUGACCAUCCCCGAGUCUGAGAGCUCCGACUCCGUUGCCAGCCCCUCCCUCCUGACCCCGGACUCCCCCGCCAGCUUCGACAGCGCCCGCCGAAGCUUCUCCAUCGGCUCGAUCAAGGGCCGGGCAUGGCGUCCCUUCAGCUCCAACAAGGAGCAGCGAGAUGGCACGCCCGACGGCGGCCACAGCUUCCGCAACAAAGCCCGGAGGCUCUCCAAGUCGCGCCCAUUAUCUUCCUCCUCGCAUGUCGACAUUACCCCUGCUCGCCGGGGCUCGACCCUCUCCGAGGACCAUGACCGGGCCUCGCUCUCGACCUCCGAUAGCAUGAGUCUGGGUACCCCCAGCUCGCCAGCGACUACCUCCGUCGACUGGGCGACGCAGCGUGUCGAGGGAUCGGCUCCGUUGGAGUCGGAUGCGGGCCUGUUGAAGACUAAAACGCCCCAUCUGGUGGUCACGACGAACUACGUUGUUAAAACGAAGAGCCGGGCGGACGCUGUGGCUCUUUUCCCCGAACUCUCGGAAACGACGAAUGCCAAACCUGAAGCGAGAAGCGCGCUGCCCGAGCCAGCGUUAGCCAUCCCAAUGGAAUCAAUUGUAUCUGUAUUUUCCGCAGAAAGCAUUCGCACGUCGUUCGGUAUCGAAGUAUGGUGGAAGAGCCCGCUGGCUGGUUCUGCGUUCUGCCGGUCCGAUUUCUUCUUCACCAACCCAGCCGUACGCAACGAGCAACUACACCACCUCACACGGGCGAUGCGAGCGAACCGGGAAAACGACGACGGGCCAGCUCGCCACUACCAGGACGUCAAGGCGGCGCUAGAUAAAGUUCACGAGGUCGAGGAACCCAGGUUCCACCACCGGAAAGCCGACAUCAUCCCUGUUGUACCGCGUGGGACCACACGACGGGAGUACAUGCCUAAGCUCGAGGAUGCAACGAAGAAGGCUCAAGAGGUCUCUGCGUUUUAUCUCGUCGUGGGCACGUACUCGUGCCACCUUGUCGAGAUCCAGAGGGGGAAGGGCUCAAACCCGGUGUGCCGGCACAAAACAUAUGGGUUGGUCACAUUAGAGAGCUUCAGGGGGGAAUGGGUGGUCCAUGAGGAGCGGUUCAACAUUGUUUUCCGCGACCCUUUUAAAUCGCCAGUCACUCUCGAGCUUGCUAGCCGCUACUUCCGUCAAGUCAUCCGCGUCCUUGGCACCGCCGACCGCUUCCUCAAGCCCGCCUGGCCGCAACUCUGGCAAACGAGGGAGGUCUUUCGUGUGUCAGGUCUCAAAGAACCGCAGUACCUCGUGCCGAAGGAAGACUUUGGCAGUUUCAAGCGGACACUGGACGCAUACCUCGCGGCCUACCAUUGCCGCGACGUGGAGUGGGAAAUCAACUGGAAAACGCAGUUUGCUCCCGAGUUCCGGCUGCUGCCCGGGAAGAAGGGAACGCCGUACACGAUCUUACAGCUGCUUGCUGUGCUCCGAGCACUGCGGUACAAUGACUAUUUUACGUCGUUGUCGUUUCGAGACGUCGAUCUGUCCGUGUUGCAUGGGCUGCGGGACAAUUCGUCCCAGCGAGCAAAUGUUGCCUACCUAAGCCGAACUUGUGUCACCCUCGACCCUGACGACAUUGAAAUCCUACGGAUCAGCCCAGUUCUGCACCAAGAAUUCCACGCCCUCGCCUUCUGCUCCCAGACAAUCCGCCAGAUCGACUUGAGCAACUGCACCAGGUCACUCCCCUCCCGACUGGCGCGGACCGCCGACGAGAACCCGAGCGUACAGUUCUUGAGUCCAAUCCUGCGCCUGCUGAGGUCCGGUAUGACCAAGUGUAACCGCCUUAUUCUCACUGGGAACCAGCUUCCCCAGCUGGAUGUCGAUGACCUUGCCGAGACGAUGAAGUGCGGAACGAUCCAGGCCUUGGAUGUAUCGUACUGCGGCCUUGGUGAUUCUAAUCUGCGGGACAUGAUCGUGGAGCCUCUCUCCGAUUACCCAGGUCUGCUUCAGUCUCUCUCCGUGUCUGGAAACCCGGGGCGUCUCCCGGCGCAUAUACUUCCCGGGCUUUUCCGGUACUUGACCGAGAUCCGAGAGCUCAACCUGAGCGGGAGCAUUCAGGCCGAGAGCUACAUCCAAGGCUCGCUUCUCCCCUUCACCGCCCUCGAGUGCAUGGAGAGACUCGAAGCGCUGGAUGUGUCGGGGUACAAGCUUGACGAGGCGACCUUCCUCGACCUCGAGCGCUACUUGCAGUUCCGGAGCUGGCGGUUCGACCAGGGCCACCCGCUCCGGUUCCAAAAGCUCAUCCUCAACCACUGCCGCAUCACCGGCACCCAAGCGGCCCGGCUCUUCUACGCGAUCGGCGAGAACCGCGGCAUGCACCUUUACCUCAACGGCAACCCCAUAGAAGAUGGCCUCGAGGACCUCACAGCCGCCAUCGAGGCCCAACAAGGCCCUGCCGGUCUCUUCGCCGAAAUGAUCGAGUUCAGACACGAAUCCAGCUACCUCGCCCUCCUCCGCGCAUUCACCGCAGCGCGGCACCUCCGCCUGCUCAGCCUAACUGGCACCGCCCCGUCACCCUCCUCCCCAGGCCCCUGCAGCGAAGAGCUCGUCACAGCACUACACGACCUUUUCGCCCACAACGCAUCCAUCCAAUGUCUCGACCUCUCCGGCUUCUCCGGCAAGCUCGACGACGGCCAACUCCCGCUCGGAUCCGGGCGUGCCCUAGCCGGACUCGCGCACAACACCACCCUCACCCACCUGCGCAUCCGCAACCAAAACCUCCACGACGAUGCCGGCGUGCUCGGCCGCGCGCUAGCAGCCAACGCGACCCUGCGUGCCCUAGACGCCCGCGGGAACGACUUCAACCUAACAAGCCUGCGUUUCCUCGUCGACUCUCUCGCCCCGGCUUCCCGCGCAGCCACAUCAGCGUCGGCCCUGACCGAUUUCCCACUGCCCGCGGACGAGCGUGCCGCGAUCUGGCGUAAUGUCCUGCGCGGCCUGCAGCGCACCCCAUCCAGUGUUGCGCUACCCGCGGCGCCGGGCACGGUGAGUGCCAUGGCGGCGACAAGCGCAGCAAACCACACCUCGGCACCGUCCCUGGCAGCGAGCGCCGCAAAGCGGGAUUUGCCAAAGGGUGAAGAGAAACUGCUGCGUGAGGUGUUAGACGGGUUGUUUGCGACACUGGAGAAGCGGCUCAAGGAGAAUAGGAAGAGGCUGGAGGAAGUCAGCGGGGAACAAUCGAACGCGCAAGCCCUUCUUCUCAGUGGCAACUCCAAUUCCGUGAGUUACAACGCUGCUGCAGCUGAGAAGAAACGCCUAGCCUACCGCCACCGACACCAACGCAGCGGGAGCAGCCUUAGUGUCGGUACCGGCCUCAGCCUCGGAGGAACCAGCCACUUAUCGUCCCCCGGAGGAGAAGAAGACGACGACACCUGGCCACCGUUUGAGAUGGCUGGUCUCGGUUUAGGUUUGGGAAUUGGCGUGGGGGGUCCUAGUCGGUCGUCCAGCCUCACUGACUCUGAUCCGGGCGGCGGCGGCGGUAAUAGCCUGUCCCGGCCGGUGAUGGUGCAGUUGUCAGAAGGUAGAGAGGGGGGGUCACCGGGGACGGGGGUUCGGAGUGAUAGUAGUGGUGGCGCGUUUUUUGGUGGGAUGGAGAGCCCGACGGAGACGUUGGAUCCUGUGUCAGAGGUUGAAACACCUGUUGAGAUGGGGGGUAGAAUGGAUAUGAAGGAUAUGAAGGUGUUGAUUGGCGAGGCUGAGACUGGCAGGUUAUCCGGGGAAGACGAAGGGGAGCCGGAUGAGCUGUUCCGGAAGUUGGUGGACGACUUUCGCAGGGCUGGGUUUGAGGUUUAA